AUGGCGGCCUUGGGCUUGGGGUGGGGAGGCGGCGACCAGGCCACCAGGUCCAGGCGAGCCGGUCUGCCGGGACCCGGGAGGUGGGGAUCUGGCCAGCUGGGAACGGGGGAUCUCCGGAUCUGGGAACGGGGAGGUGGGGGUCUGGGGGAGGCGGGGAAGGUGGCCAGCACUGGCGGCGCCGCGGCGGACGGGCGGAGGCGGCCUGGCGGCGUGCGGGAGAUGGGGCGAGUCGCGUUCGUGCGGGCGACGGGGCGUACGGGCGGACGGGCGACGGGCGAGUCGAGCAGAUGGCCUGCCUGGGAGCUCAAGAAGCUGGUCGAGGAAGGAAAGAUCAAGUACAUCGGACUAUCCAAAGCAUCUGCUUCGACAAUCAGAAGAGCUCAUGGAGUUCAUCCUAUCAGCGCGGUCCAGCUGGAGUGGUCAAUAUGGUCUAGAGAUGUGGAAGAACAGAUAAUCCCUACCUGCAGAGAACUUGGAAUUGAAAUCGUGGCCUACAGUCCACUGGGCCGAGGGUUCUUAUCUGGUGGGGCUAAACUGAUUGACUCACAAUCAGUGCUGCAGCAGAUAUAUUUGAACUUCCCUAGAUUUCGGCCAGAGAAUCUUGACAAAAAUGGCCAGAUAUUCGAGAAAGUUAAUGCAAUGGCCACAAGGAAAGGAUGUACACCAUCACAACUCGCAUUGGCAUGGGUUCAUCAUCAGGGAAGUGACGUUUGCCCCAUACCUGGCACAUCAAAAAUAGAGAAUUUCAACCAGAAUGUAAGAGCACUGUCCCUGAAGCUCACACCAGACGAGAUGGCCGAACUUCAGUCCUACGAUGCUGCUGGUGAUGUCCAGGGUGACCGGUAUCCUCAAAUGGCAAGCACCUGGAAGUAUUCUGAGACUCCUCCAUUGGCGUCAUGGAAAUCUGAGUAG